ACCGGGCACCUGGCGCCCGUCUACGGGCCAGCCAAGUUCUGCCUGGCAGCCGGACCAGCCCAACUUGCCGGGCUUCCAGGCUCGCUCCCACUCCUCCCGGGGCCGCCCUCUGGCUGCAGCCAAGAUGACCCCGUGGCGCCUCGGCCUUUGGUGCGUCUCCUGCUGGCUGGUUGCACUCUGGCCGCCGCGCUCCUGCCUGCAGCUGCGGAAGGGCAUGCCCAAUGUGUGUGAGGAAAAAGUUCUGAGUAUGGUUGGCCUUCCCCAACCCUGUAUCCAGCCCUUCACUCGUACUGUAAAACUGUGGAAACAAGGCUGUACUGGACCAAGAUGGUGCAUGGAAUAUGUAAGAAGGAUUGGUUACUACACUGUCUACAGACAGGUAUAUAGCAGGCAGCAUCAGAUGGUCUAUAGGUGCUGUCCUGGCUGGAGCCGACAUGAAGAUGAGCCUGGCUGUCUGCAUGCCCUCUGCUCAACAGGUCCAUGCUUCAACGGAGGCCAAUGUCCAGAUGGGGAAGCCCAAGUGUGCCAGUGUUCUGUGGGGUUUCAGGGACCUCGAUGUCAAUAUGAUGUGAACGAAUGCUCCAUUGACAAUGGCGGCUGUCAGGACCAGUGCUGUAAUACAAUUGGCAGCUAUUACUGCAAAUGCCAAGCUGGCCAGAAACUGAAAGAAGAUGGAAAAUGCUGCAAAGAUGUCGAUGAAUGUGCAGUAGUGAACGGCGGCUGCCAGCAGAGCUGCAUUAACACUGAGGGCUCCUUCUACUGUGAAUGUGAUAUGGGAUACAGACUCCAUGCUGAUGGACGCACCUGCAUAAUGAAGGACCCCUGCUCAGGAGGACACAGAGGAUGCUCCCAUAUCUGUCGAAAUGAGCACGGCAUUGCCAGGUGUGCCUGUCACCCAGGGUACCAUCUGUCUGCAGACAAAAUGUCAUGCACAGACAUUGACGAGUGCAUGGAAGGAAGCGCCCACUGUGCCCACCACUGCGUGAACUCUGUAGGAUCUUUCACCUGUACCUGUAACCCUGGCUUUGAACUCGGUGCAGACAGAAGACAUUGCUACCGGAUUGAAAUGGAAAUUGUCAAUAGCUGUGAACAGAACAAUGGGGGCUGCUCUCAUCACUGUGAGCACUCAACUGGUGGGCCCCGUUGUUCUUGUAACCAUGGACACCGUCUUGAUGUGGAUGGAAAAACAUGCAAAGAUAUUGAUGAGUGUGAGAGUGGGCAAGCCUGUUGUUCCCAGUUCUGCAUCAACUAUUUGGGAGGCUACGAAUGUGAUUGUAAGACAGGAUUUCAGCUCAGUCCGGAUGGGUGUGGAUGUGAUGAUGUGGAUGAGUGUCUGGAGGACAGUACCGACUGUGACCAGCUCUGUAUUAAUUCUUUGGGAUCAUAUGAGUGUCUCUGUGAGGAAGGUUAUCAAACUGAUAGUAACAGAAAAACUUGCAUCCCCUUGGAUGAUGAUGAAGUAGAGGAGGAAGAAGAGGAACUGGAAGUUGUGAGGUUCCCAGAUCUUCCCUUCAGGAGACCUCCUCAACUGCUUAAUUAUGCUGUUGCCCCAAAUCCCAAUCAUGAAGAUGAAGAUGAACUAGAAGAAAGAAAUAUUCGAGGAGAAUUCACUGUUUUACACAAAGUGGUAUGCUUAGAUGACACUUUUGGACAUGACUGCAGUUUGAUGUGUGAGGACUGUGUGAACGGAGGCAAGUGCAAUGAGGAAAAGAGCCGCUGUCUCUGCCCAGCUGGCUGGGGUGGCAUCCUCUGUAAUGAAACUUGUCCCCCAGGGACCUAUGGACAAGAGUGUAACAACAUCUGUAAGUGUCAGAAUGGAGGUUCCUGUGACCCUGUAACAGGCCAGUGUCUUUGUCCCCCUGGAGUUCAUGGCAUGAUCUGUGAGGAUGGAUGUCCUCAAGGAUUCUUUGGAAAGGAUUGCAAAAAGAAAUGUAUGUGUGCCCACAAUAGCUAUUGCCACAGGAUCUAUGGGGUUUGUCUAUGUGACCCAGGACUCUAUGGUCGAUUCUGCCAUCUGACCUGUCCCAAGGGAGCCUAUGGAGCUGGCUGCUCUUCUGAAUGUCAGUGUGUGGAGGAGAACACCCUAGAAUGCAAUGCCAAAAAUGGUUCAUGCACCUGCAAAUCUGGUUACCAAGGCAACAGAUGCCAGGAAGAAUGUCCAGAGGGGACCUUUGGUCCGAGAUGUGGGUUCAGCUGUCAAUGCAAGAAUGGAGCUGUUUGUGACCCUGUGAGUGGAGCCUGUACCUGCCCAGCUGAGUGGACAGGAACAUUCUGCGAAGAAGCUUGCCAGGUAAAGCCUGAGGGCGGAGGCUACAGUCAAGUUUGUAACUGUCACAAUGGAGCCAGCUGUGAUCCUGGGACAGGGCAAUGUACCUGCACAUCUGGAUGGACAGGACCUACUUGCCAGGAAGGGUGCCCAGAUGGCACUUAUGGUCCUUACUGCCAAAAGAUGUGUAAAUGCAUGAAUGGAGGCCACUGUGACCCCCUGCUUGGCACCUGUGACUGCCCCGCUGGCUUCAAUGGCCCAGACUGUGGUCAGGUUUGUCCCCAGACAAGAUAUGGCCCCAAAUGUCAGCUAACCUGUGCCUGCAAAAACGAUGGGAUUUGUAAUCCCAUGGAUGGAAACUGUUCCUGUGGACUUGGCUGGACCGGUAAUUACUGUGAGGAAGCAUGCCUUCCAGGUACAUAUGGUCCAAGCUGCCAUUUCAACUGUUCUUGUCAGAACAAUGGAACUUGCAAUAGGUUUACCGGCUUCUGUCAGUGUCCACAGGGUUACUAUGGGCACAGCUGUGAACACCAAUGCCCCUCUGGAUUUUAUGGCUUGGACUGUGCUCACCCUUGUGAUUGCCAAAAUGGAGCCAGGUGUGAUGCGGAAAGUGGCAAAUGCAUCUGUCCACCAGGUUACCAUGGCAGCCGAUGUGAAAAAGGGUGCUCAUUUGGAACAUUUGGAGACAGCUGCCGACGGCUUUGUGACUGUGAAGGAGGAGGACCCUGCCAUCCUGUCACUGGGAAAUGCCUUUGUUCCCUUGGAAGAACUGGAGACAGAUGUGAUAUCAGAUCGGUAUGGGCCCAAUUGCUCUCUGCAGUGCCACUGUUCCCCAGGAUCCCAGUGCAACCCUCAGGAUGGGAACUGUGCUUGCCCCUUGCAGAGGAUGGGACCAACCUGUGAAGAAAGAAAUUUGGAGAAGAAACAGCAGUCCAGCAUGAAGGUUCUUUAACUCAUCCAGAGUUCAUAAAACAUUCUAUCCCACAAUAGAGGCAGCCUACCAUUCUCUCCCAGUGGGUGAGGAAGAAUGCAACCCAGACUCUGGGAAGCUGCCCCUAUCUUGACUUGCUGACCCUCCAAACACACAUUCCUCCUUUCUUUCCUUCCUCUACCCCAACCUCUCAAAUUGCUACUGAUAAAGAUUAUAAUCCAGAAUAUGAUAACAGUUUUCCAAGUUUCCAACAUUAGCAACAUCACCUAAAUGAACUUUUCUUUUGAUAUUUAUAGACGUAAACAAUUUAGUUUUGGACAUGGGUUUCCCUAUUUAGUCUGAGGCUCCUGCUUCCUUGUUAACAUUUUUCUGACUAUUCUUACUUAUACUCAUUUCACACCCUGUCUUUUGUGGUGCAGCUGAGUGAUUAUUCUUCUGAAGAAUGGGAUAGAAAGAUGGCAUGACCAUUUGAAAGGGAGCAUCCAAAGAUCUAGUGGGACUUUAACCAUAAUUAGCAAACACAAGGGAAAUAGGUCAUUGAGGGAAGGAAUAUGAGAGGUACUAUGUGUCCAUCACCUUUAUUUCAGAUGAGGAAAUGCAGUCCCAGAGAAUUUAAAUGUUUUUUUUUUAGAGUCACACAAGUAAUAAGUAGAAGAGCCAGUUUUACUUGGUGGGGAAAAAAAAUGGUGCUAUGAAGUGAUCAUGAUUUGGGGAAGUGCUUUGUCUUCAUCUCUCUCCCUUGGGAAAGUACUUGUUAAACAUUUGAUGAAGUUUCUUGAUCCUAGUUCUGUUGCUGACUUUGUGAGGGUUAUACUUGGUUAUGAUGCGAAACAGCUAUUUAGGAUGGACCUAAUGGGCCUCUCAGGAAAGGUGAUGUUGCCAUUUAUAAUAACCCUUUGUUUAGUAAAAAUGUUUAGAUAAUAUUCAUUGGUGUACUAGCAUUCUGUAUAAAACAACCCCUGAAGUCCUGUUUUUUUCUCCAUACCAUUCUGAAGAAAGAGAAAGAAAGAAGGAGAGAGAGA